AGUGAAAGCGAAAGAGAAGCGACUGAAAGAAAGAACUGAGCACAAGCGGCUCGCCAAGUGAGGGGAGCUCCAAGGAACCCUCUCUUCAUCCGGGGAUCUCCAGCGCAGCUGUGGAGAAGGCAGCCACCCAAGAGCCUGAGAGCAGCCUCCAUGGGCUUGGAGCCCAGCUGGUAUCUGCUGCUCUGUUUGGCUCUCUCUGGGGCAGCAGGGACUGAGCCCCCCACAGCAGACGGACCGUGGCAAGCCACCGACAUAGUCCUAGACUGUUUCUUGGUGACGGAUGACAGGCAUCGAGGAGCCUUUGGCAGCAGUGGGGACAGGCAGAAGGCCUUGCUUGUGCUGAAGCAGGUGCCAGUGCUGGAUGAUGGCUCCCUAGAAGGCAUCACCGAUUUCCAAGUGAGCACAGUGGCCAAAGAUGACGCACCCAUUAUCUUUGAGGCCUCAGUGGACUCGGUACAGAUUCCCCAGGCAGAGGCCUUGCUGCAUGCUGACUGCAGCGGGAAGGUGGUGACCUGUGAGAUCUCCCAGUAUUUCCUCCAGGCCAGACAAGAGGCCCCUUCAGAGAGAGCAGCUUGGUUCAUCAGCAACAUGCAGGUGUCUAGGGGAGGACCCAGUGUCUCCAUGGUGAUGAAGACUCUAGGAGAUGCUGAGACCGCAGCUGUCUGGCACCCUACACUGAACCUACCCCUGAGUCCCCAGGGUACUAUAAGGACUGCAGUGGAGUUCCAGGUGACAUCAGAGACCCAAGCCUUGAGUCGUCUGCUGGGGUCCACCGUCUCCCUGCACUGCAGUCUCUCCAUGGCACCAGGCCUGGACCUCCUUGGUGUGGAGUGGCGGCUGCAGCACAAAGGCAGUGGCCAGCUGGUAUACAGCUGGAAGACAGGGCAGGAGCAGGGUCAGCGCAAGGGCGCUACGCUGGAGCCUGAGCAGCUACACGCGGCUGGGGAUGCCUCUCUCACCUUACCCAACCUCACUCUAAAGGACGAGGGGACCUACAUCUGCCAGAUCACUACCUCCCUGUACCAAGCUCAACAAAUCAUCCCACUUAACAUCCUAGCUCCCCCCAAAGUAGAGCUGAACUUGGCAAACAAGGACCUGCCGCCCUCCCUCAUCUGCAGUGUCGCUGGCUAUUACCCUCUGGACGUGGUGGUGACAUGGAUCCGAGAGGAGCUGGGUGGGAUUCCAGCCCAAGUCUCUGGUGCCUCCUUCUCCAGCCUCAGGCAAAGCAAGAUGGGAACCUACAGCAUCUCUUCCACUGUGGUGACUGAGCCUGGCCCCACAGGUGCCACUUACAUCUGCCAAGUUACCCACGUCUCCCUGGAAGAGCCCCUUCGAGUCAGCAUGAGGGUUUUCCCACACACAGAGCAGAGAACAGCCUUCGGAGUUGUCUUUGCCAGCAUUCUCUUCCUUCUUGCACUGUUGUUUCUGGGACUUCGGAGACAGCGAGUUUCUUUGCCAAGGCCCACCAAGACUAUGAGGCACUCUGGGUAGCUGCUCUCUUGCCUCCAAAUAAAAAGUGGAGUUCCCAUGUUCUAGCUACCAAAGGGCACCCGUGCUGAGGUGUGGGACUGGAAAAGGCCUGAAGGAGACACCCUGUGUGGGAGUGAGGUACUCGUCCUGGUCUGUACAGGUCUCUGCCUUCCUUCCCUGUUGAGAAGAUCCUGGGCAGAUGAAAAAGGAGGGCAGAAUUAUCUGAGUGGGGGCUAACACCAAAGGCAAAGACUGGGAAAGUGAAGGGAAACGGGGAAAGAGGGUGGGGGCUGCCCACCACUCACAAACUCUUAACGCUGUCAAAAUAAAACACUUUGUGUCUACAGAGCAAA